AUGUCGUCGUUUCGAUUGACCAUCGAGGAUGGCCAGUUCCGCGACAGCUAUGGUAGACAAGUCGUGCUUCGAGGCCUCAACGUCGCCGCCGACGCCAAGUUGCCCAGCGAACCCGACCAGCCCUCCCACAUUGGCCACGACUUCUUUGACGGCGACAACGUCAAGUUCCACAACCGCCCGUUCCCCAAGGAUGAGGCCCACGUUCACUUCUCGAGGAUAAAGCGCUACGGCUACAACACCAUCCGCUAUAUCUUUACGUGGGAAGCCAUCGAGGCCGCCGGUCCGGGGCGCUACGACGAGGAAUGGAUUCAGCACACGAUCGAGGUUCUAAGGAUAGCCAAGGAUUACGGCUUCUACAUCUUCAUGGACCCCCAUCAGGACGUAUGGUCUAGGUUCUGCGGCGGCUCUGGCGCGCCCAUGUGGACGAUCUACGCCUGCGGCCUGAACCCCCAGAGCUUCUCCGCGACCGAAGCCGCCAUCGUGCACAACACGUACCCGAAACCCGAAGAGUUCCCCAAGAUGAUCUGGUCAACCAACUACUGGCGCCUCGCUGCGGCCACCAUUUUCACAAUGUACUUUGGCGGCAAGGACUUUGCGCCCAAGUGCAUCAUCAACGGCAUCAACAUUCAAGACUUCUUGCAGGGCCACUUCGUGGCGGCAUGCGCCCAUCUCGCGAAGCGCAUACACGAGGCCGGCGACCUCGAGAACGACGUUGUUAUUGGCUGGGAGAGCAUGAACGAGCCGGGGUGCGGUCUUGUGGGAUACCAAGAUAUCAGCGUCAUCCCGAAUGCGCAGAAGUUGAAGAAGGGCUCGUGUCCGACUAUUUGGCAGACUCUCCUUACCGGCUCUGGUCGUGCGUGCGAGGUGGACACGUGGGAUAUGGGCGGUAUGGGCCCGUAUAAAGUCGGCCGUUCGCUGGUGGAUCCCCACGGCGAGAUGGCUUGGCUGCCCGCCGACUACGACGAUUCGAGGUACGGGUGGAAACGAGACGAGGGAUGGAAGCUUGGAGAGUGCGUUUGGGCGCAACACGGCGUUUGGGACCCCAAGACCGACACGCUGGUGAACAAGAACUACUUCGCCAAGAACCCCAAUACGGGGAAGUCCAUCGACCAUCCGGAGUUUACUAAUACUUACUUCAUGCACUCAUACCGUCUCUACAGAGACGCCAUCCGGCCGAUACACAAAAACUGCAUCAUGCUGAUGCAGUACCCGACGCUGGAGCUGCCGCCUCAGAUCAAGGGCACCGAGGACGAUGACCCCCUGAUGGCAUUCUCGCCUCAUUGGUACGACGGCAUUACUUUGAUGACAAAACGCUGGAACAGGGUGUGGAAUGUGGAUGUCGUCGGCGUGUUGCGCGGAAGGUACUGGCACGAGGCCCUUUCGGUAAAGGUCGGCGAGACGGCCAUCCGCAACUGCUUCAAAGACCAGCUGGCGUCGUUGCGCCAGGAAGGCCUGGAACGCAUGGGAAACCAUCCCUGCGUGAUGACGGAGUUUGGUAUCCCGUACGACAUGGGCGAGAAGAAGGCGUACAAGACGGGCGAUUACGCGGACCAGUCAGCAGCAUUGGACGCCAACUACUAUGGAGCCGAAGGGUCGGGUAUGGAGGGUCACUGCCUCUGGGUCUACACUGCAAAGAACACACACCAACAUGGUGACCUUUGGAACGGCGAGGAUUUGUCAGUCUUCUCACUGGACGACAAGACUCUACCCAUGUCACCCCUCCCCCGCAGCCCGUCACCCAACCCGUCGUCGGACCUGAAGCGCAAUUCGAUGAGCAGAGACGUGCCCGACGAGUCAACCGUGACGCCGGAAAACCUUCAAAACACCAUCACUAACCCGUCGAUAUCAUCUGCGCCGUCCAAGGACCCCGAGCUGACCAACGCACCGGGCCUCCGGGCUGCCGAGGCCUUUGUCCGGCCCUCUCCGUGGGUCGUGGCGGGUGAUGUACUGCAGUACGGCUUCGACCUGCGCAGCUGCACCUUCACGCUCAAGCUCAAGGCGUCGGCGCCGCCCUCGGAGGGGGCGCCGACGGUGGUGUUUCUGCCCGAGUUCCACUACCCGCAGGACAACUGCACUGUCGAGGUAAGCUCGGGCAAGUGGGCCAUCAGCACGGACGACGAGGAAGGCCCGUUGGUGCAGAAGCUCAAGUGGUGGCACGCCGAUGGUGUGCAGACGCUCAAGGUCACGGGGUUAGCAAGGCAGCAUAACGUCCUCGAGGGAUCCGAGGAGGAUAUGGGGUACUUGGAGCAGUGCCAGAAGAACUACGCCAACUGCAGCGUCAUGUAA